AUGCGUUGUUGGUAUCGCAAUCGAUUCCACAAUGGCUCAAGAUUUGAUAACAUCGACAUCAGAAAUGCCAAAGAGUUUUCAUAUCGAUUUAAGAAUUUAACAAAUGGUAAUAAUGUGGAUCCACAACGCGUUGAAAAAUUCAAUAUUUUAAUGAGAGAUUUGACUGAAAUUGGAUGGUCGGGAACAGUGAGUAUGAAAUUUUUCGCAAAAUAUCGUUGGUUUGAAUCACUGUGGUUGUUCGGUCAAAUGCAACGGCAAAUAGAAGUGUAUCACAGUCAUGCCGAACAAUGGUAUACCAUUCAUGAAAUGUUUCGCAACAAUCCGAACUUUCAAGAGCCAACAAUCAAUCGACCACCAAAAAUAAGCAGUUUUGCUCUUAUACCAUUAUGCGACUACCAUUUGAAAAACGUGCGAUUGGACAUUAAGGACUUGUAUUAUAAAAUUAUUUUGACCGAUAGUGUUUCAAUAUCCAUAAUGUACAAGAAACCACAGCGACAACAACGACCACAGCAACAACAACGACCACAGCAAACAACCCAAGCGAAUCGGGGGCCGGAAAAACUCAUUGGAAAGAAAUACAUCAUUGGAAUCGAUCCGAAUGAAAAAUCGUGGUUAACUGUAGUGCGUCGCAACAUUCAAAAAACACCUGAUGAGCCGGCUGUUGAGGAAAACAUUAUAAUACCAAACCAGCGUUUUCAUUGGGAAACUCAGCAGAAAAAACGAGACAAAGAAGCGAAAAAGUUGGCUGGAUGGUUUGAUAUCGAAGAGAAGGAACAUCUCAAAACAUACCCAUAUCGUCCACCAUCACCACGUAAUUCAACAUGGAAAUCAUACAUUGAAUAUCGCAUUAAAAUGUUACGAAAAGGAAUGGCAGCUUAUGCGACGCGUGAAUAUGCACGACUGGAUUUAGACCAUUACAUUCGCUCGACCAGAGUAAAUGAUCAAAUCGCCGUGUGUGUGACAAACAACAAACCGUCGUUGGUUCAAUUUGGUGCUUGGGCGAUGAAACCCGAUCGACCGUUUGGAAUAAAAAAGCGUAAAAGAUGUCCGGGAUCGCGUAAGUUUCGUGUGAGCAUUAAGAAACUUGGACAUUCAGAAGUUGAAAUGCAAGAUGAAUGGGGAACAUCACAAACAUGCGCGAAUUGUCAGGAACGUUUUCCAAGGCACACAAAAGAUGAUCGAUUUAAAGUGUGCUACGAUUGUAGAGCGAAAAAGAUUGAUGGCCUGCCAGAUUCAGUCGCUGGACUGCCAGAUAUCAUUGUGUCAACGGUCAACAGACGUGUUUUGAGAAGAAAACGUGCAAUUAUUAAGCGACAAAUUAUCGAUGGCAAUCGUGAGGCUGUGAACGAAAAACUUCGGACUGGGCGUUUAAUGUCAAAGGUUAAAGUUACCUACAAAAAUUGGCCAUUAAAUGUUGAUGAUGAUGAUGUUGUUCCACAAACAGUUACUUGGCACCGAGAUAUUGUUGCAGCAAAAUGCAUUAUGCUCAAAGGACUUUGCCGGAUCUUUGAUGUACCAUUGCCAGUUUCAUUGUUAAGACCGCCGGACCAAAACAACAAUGUCAACUAACAAACAUCAUCAAUUAAUCAUACAUUCAAAAAAUUACAUAAAAUAAAAUAUUUUAACUAUUAUAGUUAGCGUAGCUAGACAUGAACAGACUAUAUAAAGUCUUGUGGUCUAGUUGUACAAUAGUACAACAUUGUACGGAGGGGGAGUGCCCGUAGGUGAGUAAAGUUUUUAAUUUAAAAAAAGUAUUUUAUACCCAGUUCAACUGAUAUUAAUGGUUGUCUUUCCCUUUUUCCAUGUUUUCACACCUGAAUGUUCCACCAUGCCAAACCUAUGGAAAUGACUGAAACUACACACGAAUCUAACCCCGAAAACGACCGUCAAUAUGUGCUUCAUAAUGGAUGCAUUUGCCCUAUCAAUUGUUUGC